AUAAAACUUUCAGCUUUUUCCUCAACUUUUUUCACAACAUCCAUCCAUAAUCACUUCAUAUAUGGUGUAUGUGUAUCAAUACCCCGUCAGAAAAUCACUUUUCCUUGUCCUCCAAGUCACUGCUUUUCUUCACUUUUUCUGCUUCUCAACCUCUCCCCCUGCAAUGUUCUUGAAAUGGCUCCAAAUGCAAACGCAGUUUCACUUUCACGAACUGAGAGCUUUGAGAGUGUUUGCAGAGAAAUUCAUGAUUCUUUGGGGGAGGAGAAAAGGCUUGUUCAAGUUCUGGUUGGUUUGAGCCAGGCUGAGUGCCGAAAAGUUAGAGAAACAUACAUGGAACUUUAUGGGGAGGACUUAGUUCAAAAGUUUGAUCCAGGGCUCCAAUUCUUGCUCUGUUUGAUGCUUGAUCCAUUUGAGCGUGAUGCAGUUUUUGCAAGAGAGUCUCUUCAUGGAAACAAUAGUGUCAAUUACAAGGCCUUAGUCGAAAUAUUUACGUGCCGAAAAUCGAGCCAUGUUCUUCUCAUACUACAAGCCUAUCAUGCAAAAUAUAGGAGCCAGUUAGACCUUGACAUUGCCAGCAUUGAGCCUCCCCAUCCUUACCAAAAGCAGAUGUUGAUGGCAUUGUCUGCAUCACACAAGGCACACCACGCUGAUGUUAGUCAACACAUUGCAAAAUGUGAUGCAAGAAGGCUGUUCCAAACAGGGGAGGGGAGGCCGGGAGCUAUUGAUGAGGCUGUUGUUCUUGAGAUCUUUAGUAAAAGGAGCAUUGGACAGCUCAAGCUAACAUUUUUCAGCUACAAGCAUAUUUAUGGGCACAGCUACACCAGUUUUCUGAAAAAUGAGGACUCGGGAGAAUUUGAAGAUGCAGUGAGAGUUGUUGUGAAAUGCAUAUGCAGCCCACCAAGAUAUUAUGCUGAGGCGCUGUAUGGAUGCUUGAAGGGGACGACGAACGACAAGGCUGCCUUGGUGCGUGUUAUGGUGAGCCGGACAGAGGUUGACAUGGAUGAGAUCCGCUGCAACUUCAAAAAGAAAUACGGCGUGGAAUUGAAGAAUGUCAUAUGUGAGACUACUCCGGAAGGGAACCACAGAGACUUUCUUGUUGCAUUGGCUACCAAGACCUCAACUUGCUAGUGAAAAAUCCGGCCCAAAAUCUUUAUAUCUAGAUAUCGGGCUUGCAAAUGUAUUCUGCCGAGGAAGAGACAAUGAGAAGUUGUAGGAGGUUAGGAGCAGAGGAUCUCUUCCUGGCCCUUGUUGUUUAUUCUUAAUCUCAUGUUUAUAUGUCAGUGAACAUCAAAUGCCCAAGCUUGAUGGUUUUCUUGACUAGAAGAUCCAAUACUUCCCUGUUUAGAUUGAGGGGCAAUUUGAAGCACAUGGAGUUAACUGAAGCUCUAAUGAUGAAGAAAACUCGAAACUGAGGUAGUAUAAUAUCGAUUGUAUAUUGAUAAAGAUGUUACAUACAUAGAACGUACAUGUAAAAUGAAAUACGAGAUGCAACAGUUGUUUCCUUCAAAGCUGAGAGUUUCGAUUGAGCUUGUACUAUAUUUAUCGGGAA